AUGGAAGAUGAUCCCGCGAGCGUAGACUAUAGGACGGCAUUCCGACGGUGGAAAAUAAAAUCCUCGGAUUUGACCGUAGAAUUAAGCAAUUAUUUGAAAAAGCUAGGCUUCUCCCGUUGAGAUCGAGUUGAUCUACUGCUGCUGCUGCUGUUGUCGGUGUGUGGGAAAAGUAGCCGCCGCAGCGCCCAGUGCCAGGGCUUGCUUAAGGGUUCUCAUUGAACAGGUACGGGGGGUGAGAUAAAGAAACCGACUUGAAGCUCUGUGUACUGACAGUUAUCGCUCAUUACAACCGCCAAAUUUGGCCGACGGGGCCGCCUCGAUAUUGUGCCGCUCCCGGAGUAUGGAUGUGAAGCCGAAAAUGCUGCGAACAAGUACGAACAAACCAGUCGGAGUGAAGAAGCUCGUACUGAAGAACUUUGAGAAACCCGUAUUGCCGAUCACUUACCAAAAUGACGCUUGGUCCCGUCUGGCGGAGGCAGUGGACGCUGUGCUCACCUCGAAAAGGAUCGAAUGCUCUCAGGAGGUGCUCUAUUCCUUCGUAGAAAACCUGUGUGCUCAUGGGAACGCCGAGAAAGUCUAUUUUGAACUACAAAACAUAAUCGAAGCUCAUGUGGCUGCCAGCACCGUGAAUUUCCUAGCCAAAACUCAAGAUCACAUCGACUUCCUGAGAUCGAUGGACAAAACCUGGAAAACCCAUUGUCAGCAAUUGACAAUGAUUCGAGCCAUUUAUCUGUUCCUGGAUAGAACGUACGCCCUGCAGAAUUCCACGGUUCCCUCAUUGUGGGAUGUGGGGCUGGAUAUUUUCAGGAAACACUACAUGAUCACGCACGUCGAUGUCCGACAACGAACAAUUGACGGAAUCCUGAUGCUCAUAGAGCACGAACGAAAGGGAGAGAUGGUCAUCGAUAGGAGUUUGGUGAAAAGCUUACUCCGCAUGCUCUCGGAUCUUCAUCUCUAUGGGGAUCAUCUCGAAGACCGUUUCAUCGAGGAAACAAAGAAUUUGUACGGAGAAGAGGGAAAUUGCUGGAUGAGAGACGAUAGCGGGCACACAAUCGCCGACUACCUCUUCCACGUGAACAGACGCUUAGAAGAAGAGAAGGAACGAUCUGAAUUCUAUCUAGACCACACAACCCGUAAACCUGUCAUUCACGCCGUCGAGGAGCAGUUGCUGGGUCUACAUCUCCCCACCAUUCUACAGAAGGGUCUGGACCAGCUGCUGGACGAGAAUCGGUAUAACGAGCUGAAAUUGUUGUAUAAUCUAUUUAAUCGAGUGAAGACGGGACUCAGCUUGUUGUGCACGCAAUUCAAUAUGUACAUCAAGAAACGCGGCAAAGUCAUCAUCACGGAUCCCGAAAAAGACAAGACCAUGGUCCAGGAAUUGCUAGAAUUCAAGGAGCAGAUGGACCGCGUCCUAAUAGAGUGUUUUGCGGCGAACGAAAAGUUUGCGAACAGCCUGAAAGAGGCCUUCGAGACUUUCAUAAACCAGCGGCCGAACAAACCCGCCGAGCUCAUAGCUAAAUUCGUCGAUUCGAAACUCCGAUCAGGCAACAAGGAGGCUACGGAGGACGAGCUCGAAUUAAUACUAGGGAAAAUCAUGGUGUUGUUCCGAUUUAUUCACGGAAAAGACGUUUUCGAGGCAUUUUACAAAAAAGAUCUGGCCAAGCGUCUCCUUGUGGGCAAGUCUGCCUCCGUAGACGCCGAAAAGUCGAUGCUGACGAAACUAAAGGAAGAAUGCGGUGCUGGCUUCACCGGAAAACUCGAGGGAAUGUUCAAGGACAUGGAGCUCAGCAAGGAGCUGAUGAUGAAUUUCAAGCAUCAAAGCCCCAUCGACAUGACAGCCUACGUAUUGACAAUGGGUUAUUGGCCCUCGUACCCACCGGUGGAAGACGUGAUUCUGCCUCCAUUCAUGGUCGAGGCUCAAGAAGUAUUCAAAGCCUACUACAUCAGCAAGCACAACGGGCGGAAACUUCAAUGGCAGCAUAAUCUCGGUCAUUGCGUACUCAAAGCGAGUUUUCCCGAAGGAGCCAAAGAGCUACAGGUGUCCCAGUAUCAAGCAUUGUGUCUCCUUCCGUUCAACGAACACAACGAACUUUCCUUGCAAGAACUUAAGCAAACGACCAAUAUCGAGGACGAAGAGUUGAAGAGAACCCUUCAAAGUCUCGCGUGCGGUAAAGCCCGGGUCCUUCUCAAGAUCCCGCGCAGUCGAGACGUCGAAGACGGAGACAAGUUCACCUACAACAGCGAAUUCAAGAACGUCCUCUUCCGGAUAAAGAUCAAUCAGGUCCAGAUGAAGGAAACCAAGGAAGAACAGAGCUCAACUCAUGAAAGGGUCUUCCAGGAUCGACAGUAUCAGAUCGACGCAGCUAUCGUACGAAUCAUGAAAACGCGCAAGUGCAUGGUACACACGACUUUAUUGGGCGAGCUCUUCGAGCAGCUGAAGUUCCCCGUGAAGGCCGGCGACUUGAAGAAGCGGAUCGAAUGUCUGAUCGAAAGAGAUUAUUUGGAACGCGAUCGGGAAAGUAGCAGCAAAUACCACUACGUUGCUUGAUACGGCUCAUAACGGUGGUGGAAUAGUCCGACGACGAGUGGAAGACGACCGAAAUUUCAAUGGAUGUGAUACUGCGGAGACUGUAUGCUUUCGCUGAACUCUCCGAACGCUUGUUCAGUUGUUUUGUACACAAGGAAAUCGAUGACAGUGUGAGCCUCCGUCGUGAUGAUCGCGAGGGACCGCUCGCGGACCGCAGCGACGGCGAACACUAAUAACUUUCAAUCAUCGUCCCCAUUGCGAAUCAUCCCGUGCGGAAAAAUCUUAAUUUCCGACCUGGGUCUUUUUUCUGGCCUGUAAAUACCAUCACGAAGCAUUGUCGAGAGGGCUGACUGAUGGAGAUUUGGUGGAGUGUGAAAUUACCAUUGAGAACUUAUGAAUAAAAAAAAUAAGGA